AUGCUCCUGAAGUCCAUUUUCAUCGUCUCUGUCGCCGUGACGGCCGACGCUUUCGCUAUCGUCCGUAGAGACGGCAAUGAAUGGGCAGCCCCUACCGCCGCUGAUCGCCGCAGCCCGUGCCCUAUGGUCAACACUCUUGCAAACCACGGAUUCCUCCCUCGCAGCGGAUUGAACGUGUCUCUGGCGGACCUUGUUGCCGGGUUCACCGCAGCAGUUAAUCUUGACCCUGCUGCUAACGUCGCACACCCACUUCUCGCACACCCCCACAUUUCGCACACCCAUAAAUUGGGUCAUCAUGAGGUAUUCAUCAACUUCAUAACUAUAAGUCUGAUUCGUCUCCUGCAACUGUGA